ACACACACACACACACACACACAGUAAAACAUCGCUGGCAACUUGAGGCAGUUGGUGGCGAGAGGUGACCAAAUGGAAGGAAAGGAGGGAAAUUUUUACAAGUCCCUAAGAGUUACACCCGCUAAGUGGCAAUGCUAGGGGCUUGGGCGUGCGGGCGUGGCGGCGUGGGCGCCGUGGCGGGGGCUGGCCAGGGCGCUGAUGGGGCUGACAGCUGGGCCUAGCAGACGAAAUUUCGAUAGGAAUGCCAAGCAGACGACAACCUCUAUUUCCCAGCCUAUCUGUCCCUAUUCCUCCUUCAGCACCUCGACAGGGCUCCCCCAGGCCAGCAGCGGCAACACGGGCCCGCCAGCACGCGCAACACGGCCCAGCAGGCACCCCGCGGCGGAAAUAGGCCAUGUCACCAGGGCGGGCUGACGUUUUGCCGCCAUUGGGACAAGUCAAGUUGGUGGUAGUCUAUCUAUACAAAGCCUUCAUUUGUACUCACUUUUGAUGACUCUAUCCGUCGUUGACACCUUGCUGGUGUUGUUGGCGUUAGUACUCAUGGUUACACUAAUAUAUAAUCCUCUUAGUCACCCACAUACAGAGAUGGCUUGGAUUCACGCCGCUCACCACUACACUGACCAGAACCUACACCAAAAUGGCGUAAACAGCCUCGUCCCAGGGCCGGGCCUGCGCAGGCGCCCGUCCCGCCAAUCAAUGCAGGGAAGCAAUCACCAGGUGCUGCAGGUGACAGGCUGGUGGUCACCAUGCCUGUGUCACAGCUUGCUACAUGCCUCGUGUUGUGAAAGAAUAGCCACUGGGGGAAAUAGUCAGAAUCAUGGCUCGAUUUUCUGUUUGCUGCCAAAGAAGAGUGACCAAGAAGCAGCUGUUGCUGACUUUCAUGAUGGGCGUGGUGCUGUACAAUGAGUGGCUCACCUAUGCCGCCACCACCCUCAGCUGGCCACACCUCACUACCCCAUCGGAGGAGAGUGUGCGCCUCCUCCUGGUGGCUGACCCUCAGAUAUUGAGCCUGAUUUCAGACUCUGAACCCAUAUUCCCUUUCAGUUUGAUAACUGUUUGGGAUGCUGACAGGUAUGUUAGCCGUGGUUUUCAAAUGGCACUGUGGAAGACAAAACCUGAUAUUGUUGUGUAUUUAGGUGACCUCUUAAAUGAUGGAAGCAUAUUUAAUGACACAGAUUUUUACUCAACACUUCAGCACUUUAAAAAUCUUUUGACAGUGCCAGACUAUGUAAAGCACACCAUCGCUGUGCCAGGGGACAAUGACAUUGGAGGGGAAGGAGAAGACUUGGUGACGCCUCACAAAGUCAAACGGUUUUACUCCUCCCUCAACCAAAGCAUGACUCUGCAGUACAAAUUUGUGGACUUCAUCCAGCUGCGCGCCAUGGAUGACUAUGAGUUCCCUGACAACACACUGGCGCCGGUGAAGGGAAGAAUUCGCAUCCUUCUGUCACACAUGCCUCUCUUGACCAGGACAAAGAAGAGGAUAAGACUGGAAAUCAUCAGACAGAAAGCUUCCUUCAUAUUCUCUGGCCACGAUCACGACUCCUUUCACUUCACUUCCACCAAGCAAGCAGCUCACGCCCACAGCUUUGAGGUCCUCCCGAAAGAGCAGCAGGUCUGGCAGUACGAGUCUCUGGGCCCCCUGCUGCACGAGAUAUCAGUGCCUACUUGCUCCUACAGGAUGGGGAAAUUGACUGCUGGCUAUGGUGCUGCUAUUAUUGAAAAGUCCGGGAGAAUCACCUACACCGUGUUGUGGCUUCCCUCACGCUUCACGCAGCUGUGGAUCUACCUGGGUGCCCUCGGCUUUAUUAUUGUCAUUAUGCUAUUACCAGGUAUUCUGUGUCUCCUCAGAUGUUUCCUCUGUAGACCUGUACAAUUCUGUGUUCUUAGAUCCAACAUGAUUGUCCAAGGUCUUAGAAAAAGAUACAAGUGGUUAUUAAGAAAAGGUUGAGUAGAGAUUGGCUAUAAAAGAUGGACAAGAGACAGCCAUGAAGCCCAAACUCUCUCAGAAUAUCUCACACUUACUGACCACAUUCUACUUAACACCAUCAUCAUCCCUAGCACUGUUUCUUACAGUGAACCGAGGUGGCAGGCAGAGUAGGAAGAAAGUGCCAGUUGAGAGAAUAAGGCUCAUCUAUUGAAAGGGCCACAUGUCCUUGUAACUCACCUAACACACUUCUGAAUGAAUGUUGCUCCUCUACACUAAAGACUUCAGGUGACUUCAUUUAUCUGUCAAGGUAAUGAGGUGUGCUUGUCUGUCUGCUUGUAUCACACUCUUCUUGCCUUUUUUUUAAUUCAGUUUUCUUUCACUUUUAUAUCCUUACAUUACACUAGCCUUUUCACUGUGAUUUAUAGAAUUUACAACACUAAAGACAGUUUAAAAGAUAUUUAUAAGCACUAUGAGAAAAUAAAAAGGGGGACUAAGAAUAUUUUUCAAUAUCUAGACAGUACAAGAUAAUCAGGGGAGACAGCAAAGGUUAGUCCAUAGACAGUACAAUGUAAUCAGAGGAGACAGCAAAGGUUAGUCCAGUUUCAAAGGAAAUACAAAAGAGAUUAGAAUGGUACAGAUACAUUAAGUGAAGGGGAUUGCAGUACGUAGGAUAGAUGAACAAUGGAACUAAAUGUAGCUGUGGGAGGUGAUAAGGCAGGCUGGAAAAUAGGUGAAAGGAUUGCAUAGAAGGCUUAGAGGUAAAAGACAGAGAUUUGUGGAGAAGACUAGCAAAAAACCAGCAACCCCUUAUGAACAUGGGUAAUGCCUCGGGAAAAAGACAGUAUAAUGGUUAGAGCCAGAACAAAAAAUAUCUCAGUGUUUCAUGAGUAGAGUUCAGAAGUUUGACUGGAGAAGAGGUGGAGGGUAGUUUUGUGAAGACGGGCAAGAACCAACAACUUAUGAGCAUGGGAAAAAUUGCAGGGAAAGAAGACUGUAUAGCAUUUAGAGGUGGCUGUAGAACAAAAAUUUCUCACAGUGCUUUGUUGGUAUGCAGUGAUAUCAGAGAAGAGUGAAAAGGUUAAUACAGUGCAUGUAUGUUGACUUUUCAGCUUACAUGUUUCCUACGCUCAGGUUUGCUUGGAUUAAGCUUCUUGACUUCAUGUGACAUCUGAAUCAGUAACGUGUCAAUUUAGUUGCUGGCAAAGUAUCCUCCAUAUUGCUUUGCUAAACCUUUAUUUCUGGCUGGAUUGCAGUAAAGAUACCAAGGGAAAACAUGCAUACACUUGUAAUAUUUUAUCUCCACUCUUGGUGGGAAGAAAUUACAUUAUGGUCCUUUACUUAACAUUGUCUUAACUGCUUUCCAUUCUGCUGUUUUUUUUAUUUAUUUAUUUAUUUAUUUAUUUUAUUUCAUUUUGUUUUAUUUUAUUUCAUCUUUCAUUUAUUUAUUUAUUUAUUUAUUUUAUUUAUUUACUUUUACCUUCCUCUCUUUCUGCUUUCUUACAUAGGUUUUGUUCUGGCACAACAAAACUGCUGUAAAGGCCACAACCUUCAGUCUGCACUGAUUAUUCAGUUCACUAAUUACAAAUAUUCCAGUUCUUAUUUAUAUGUUUUUUUUCUGUUAUUCCCACCAGAUUACAAAUAUUUUAUCCCAUUCUAUUUCUUCUUUAUAUAUAUUACUGCAAUUCCCACCAGAUUACAGGCAUUCCUAUCCAUUCCAACCUUGUUUAUGUAUUCCCAUAAUAUUCCCUCUUGAUUACAAACUUUCCAGCCUUUUCCAGUUCUUCAGUACAAGUUCUUUGUUAUUCCUACUGGAUUACAGAUAUUCCAGCCUACUCCAGUCCUGUGUAUGUAGGUAUUCCCAUGGUAUUCCCACUUGAUUACAAACAUUUCAGACCACUGUAAUCCUUCUGUAUAUAUGUUCCCAUUUUUCCUACUAGAUUGUAAACAUUCCCACUCAUUCCAGUCAUUAUGUAUAAAUGUUUAUGUGUUAUUCCCACUUCCAACCCAUUCCAGUCCUUACCUACACCUGUGUCCAUGUUUUAAAUACUUAGCAUCUACACCUGUCCCCUUGUUAUUGCCACCAACUUAAUAUUUUAUAGUACCAUAUAUGUAUAUUGUAGAGUAUAUACCAAGGUGGCAAUAUGUAACAUUCCAAUCCAACAUUCCAGCCACACACAAUACUGCCACCAUGAUAAUAUAUAAUGGACACCUGGGAUUCCUUAGUCCUCAUGCAGCAGACAAUGUAUUCACAGCAGCUAGACUGAUUUACUCAAAGUUACCUCACUUCUGCAUUAUGUGGUAGCCUGAAGGGAACUAAAUACUCUUUUGUUCUGAGUGAAAUGAGAGUAAGGCUUUUUCCCAUCUCUAGUGCUCAGUUUUCUUGGUUUGUAUUUGAAUUAUUUAACAGCAGGGAUGAUGGUAGCUGUAGUAAUGGUAGCUGUAGUAGUGCAGUAGUAAUUGCACUUCUGUUGCUUGGGAGAGAUACAUUAAUAUAAAACUUAUGUUUUCAAUCAGGAUGCUUCACAAGUACAGGGAUACUAUGUGGCAUUUAAUUUCAGAAUGUUAUCACCAUGUGGUGUUUAGUGCCAGGAUCAUAUGUGUUUAGUGCCAGGAUUUUGUGUGGUGUUUAGUGUCAGAAUCUUAUGUGGUGUUUAGUUAUAGGAUCUUAUGUGAUGUUUAGUGUCAGAAUCUUAUGUGGUAUUUAGUUACAGGAUCUUAUGUAGUGUUUAAUUUUAGAAUCCUAAAUGAUGUUUAGUUUCAGAAUCUCAUGUGGUGUUUAAUUUCAGUCUUAUAUUGUCUUAAGUGUCAGAGUCUUAUGUGGUGUUUAGUUUGCUUCUAGACCACAAGAAAGUGCAGAACUGAAAACCAGGCAGGAAUGAGACAUAGUAAUACACCACCCACCAAAAGACCUGUUGCAUGAGGAUUAUAUUCUUACAGUGAGACAUUCCCCACACCAGAAAUUCCACCAAAUGUAAGAAACCAUAACACAUUUCUGCGGUGCAAGUAACUCUCUGUGCCUUGAAGUGUAUUAUUUGUAGUAAAUGUGGGAAGGGGAGGGAUUGUUGUAUUGAUGGUGUAGUGAGAAGGAAGUAGGCAGUUUGCAUGGAGUUGAGUGAUGUAAGGAUGGUACAGUUGUGUGCUGAAGAGUAUCAUGGGUAACUCAAGUUGGGUUUACAGCAGCUGUGAUUACAAACAUUGCUUACCAAUUGUGAUGAAGGAAGGAAAAUGUAUAAGGUUUCAUAUGACUGUAAAUCACUUAUAGGGGAAUUAAUGCUGAUGACUGAUAUGGAUGGUAGCAGUCAGCAGAUCCAUUCAAUGAAACUGGUUAGCUAUGAAGUCUCCAGAAAAAAUAGUCUUAUUUGAUGUGAAAGAAAAUAAUUGAAUACACCAGGUAUCCAUUAUCUGCAAGGGUUAUGUUCUGCAAAAAGCUCACAUAAUGAGAAUUUGCAUAUAUGGAAUCUAUCAUUCUAUUAAUUAUAAGGGCUUAUGUUCUAUGAGCCAUUUUUGAACCAUCUAAAUAUUUUUUCUGGCACUGUUUCACAAAAACUAAAGCACUAAAGCAACAGUAAAACACAUUAGUAAAGAUAAAUUGUAAAAUGUAAUAUGAAAAGACAUUGUAAAUAAACAAAAAUUAGAAAUUGUGGGCUGUGUGCGUUGCAAGAAAAAUGCAGGAAAACAUUUGCACCCACGGGGCCACCACUCUCCAGUGUGAGUUGGCCACCCUACCUCACCAACCAGUUGCAUCACCACCACUACUCACAUAAUAAGGAAUUUUUCUCUCAUACUGAGAAUACUUGACACAUUUAGGUUAGUUGCACAUGAUAGAAUUCAUAUAUUUUGAACUCGCAUAUAUUGAAUAUCUGGUGUAUCAAGGUAUUUUUUAGCAAAUACUGCAUGCAUAAUGCUUAUUUGAUUGAUGCAGUCUUUCAUCUAAGUAAGCAUAAACAUAAAGUUCAUACAUACUUGAGUUUAUCUCAUUAUAAAUAUAAAAUCAUAUAAGAUACAUAAUAUUUUGUUAUUCAUAAAUUAAGGAAUAGAAUGUAUUUUUGAUGUAUAUUAUCAUUUAUAAUCAAGAGAUGUAAUUGUAUGCUAUAUUUUGGGAUUAGAUUAAGCAUCUCUAAAUUUGUACUAUAUCUUAAUUAAGUCAUAUACUGUGAAACUUUUGAAAUGUAUGUAAAGAAAACUAUUUAAGUUAAUUUCAGUAUAAUAAGUCCCUGAACAAAUAAGUAUUGUUAACAAAAUAUGGGGAAUAUGUAAGUAUGAAGAAUUCCAUUGUAAUGAGUAUGUGAGAAUGUAUGUGAUGUGCAGUUAUGGGAUAGAAACAUCGACAGCUUAUUCACUGUGUUGUGUAGUUGAGUUGUGGCAGCUGGUGGUAUAUGGCAGCUCUGUACACCCUAAGUCAAGUAUACAUUACAGAGCUGCCUGUCAUAACCACAUUAGUGAAUAUUGAAGAGCAGCUAGCUGGGAUUUUGCAUGUGGGAUUAGCUAUGUUGUAUGAAUGUAAGGAAUUGAAUUAGUAUGUACUGUAAUUACAGGUUAAGAAUCCCUUAUGAAUUUUCAAAUCUAGAGACCUUCAAAAUAUUUUUUAUUGUGAUACAAUAUAGCAUAAUGUUACCAAAAUUAUGAUACCAGAACUGUUAUGAUUAGUAUAUAGUUUAUUUUCAGUUUAUGCAGCAGAGUACAUAUUGUACUGAACUAAUGUGUUACCAAACAUUCAUUCUGAUCAUGAUUCAAGCAAAUAGUGCAACCCUGGUUUUCACAAUGUUCAGGUACCACUGUAUUCCAAAAUCCAAGAAAAAAAGUUGCAGCAUGGAAUAUUUUGAUCACACACAUUUGAAUGAGGGAUUCUGUCUGUCUUCAGAAUGGUACAAGAUAACCAAGACAAGGCACUUGUGUCAUGUGAUGUUUUAUUGUAGGAAUGAAAAUAUAGAGGUAAGGGUGUUCAUUUCCCUUGCUCUGUCUAUUUUAAUUAUCUUUUACAACACUGGCAGUACAGUGGCAGCAUUAACCCAUGCCAGCUGUAUCUAGGCUCAAUUAUGGUGCAGCUUUGACCCUUCAUGGGGGAGCAGAGAGGGAGGAGGAUUGCCUCCACCUCCCUUGUAUAGUCAGGCACAUUCUAAAAAGAUAUGCAAAACAUAACUCUGACACCUUGUGUGUAAAAUUACAUACAGUAAAAUCCCUCUCAUCCGGCAUUCGAGUAUCCGGCAGCUUCAAGUAUCCGGCACAUUUUUCCCCGAGCCUUAAAAUCAAUAAAAAAUCAAUGUGUACUCAUAAAAUCGAUUAAAAUUCCCGCACAAGGCAUACUUUGUCUCCUUGCCACCAGAUUGCACUGCUUCGCACCACCCGCGGCCCACUGCACUAUGUUUACUCAGUGACUCAGUCCCACGUGUGCACUGUUUAUCGCCUGACUCCUUCAUCAUGCCUAAAGUUGUAGAAAAGAGGAAGCGUGUUGUGCUUACACUUAAGCAGCUGAUCAGAUCAGCUUAUCUUUGUUAUGGUAAGAUGCGUGAGUGUAGGGUGGUGAUUGUGGACAUAAUUUCACUUCUAUUCAAGUAUCCAGCAAUAUUCAAGUAUCCGGCAUGUUGGCGGUCCCGUUGAUGCCGGAUAAGAGGGAUUUUACUCUAGUUGUUCCACAUAUUCCUGUACCAUAUCACUCUACAUUUCAAACUUUUCACUUUCAUUUUUGCCUCAACUGUCAUCAAUUCUCAGGAAUACUCUUACUCCCCCAAACAUUUCCUCUUGGCACAUGACCAAGCCACUCAGUGCACCCUGGGUAGAGGAUUGUCUUCGUCUUGCACCUGUGCUUCCACGAUAGAAAACCUUUUAUGCCUUCUGACUUCAUCAUGAGCCUUUGUAAGGGUAAUUGUAAGAACCAUGAAACAAACAUAUUAAUGAGAAGCCUACAUAGAAAAUAGCAUAAUGUCCAGAGUGCUGGAGAUGUAGCGUAUAGUAUAAACAACCUGUAUAUUCAUAAUUCAAGCACAGGUAGCAUCCCUUGCAGAAAUGGUCCUAGAAUUAACAAAUGCUGCUAUAUUUUGCCUGAUUUAAUUCUGUUUGUUAUUAGUAUAAGUAUGUACACUUAGAAAACUAUUUUGUCAUGAUCAGAUUUCAUUAAAAUAUUAUAAUAUUA